AAAACAUUGGGGUUUAAUACAUUUAAAAUGUUUCAAAAAUCAAAUUAGUUCGAAUUUCCUUUUGGUUUUGAAGUUGUUCAACAGGAAGCGCUUUUAUUUUGUUAGUUGACCCGGAAGUUGCGUGCUUCUGAGCGGAAGCUUGGCGGUUGGCGGUCAUCUGACGACUCUUUUCCUGUUGGGACAGAAAAGUUUUGAAACCCCACCCUCCGCGCUGCCUGUGUGAGCACCGACGUGAAGUGGGUCGAGUAUCUGGCGGCGGAGAGCUGCCCGAGCCGGAGGAACGUGAUUGGAAGCUACGAUGGAUCUGCCGCGCUCUGCGGACGUCACCGGGACCGACUGGAGCUCCGAGCCGCACCGGACGGUGCGCUGAAAGCCCCACACCACCGACACAGAGAGAGAGAGAGCUAACGGGAUUCGGUUUGAGGAGCCCUUCCUGUUCCAAAGUCUGCGUGUUUUUUUUUUUUUUUUUUUUUUUAGCGCUUUAAUCUCAGCGUGGAACUGCCCGUCAUGGGGGGCGCGUGGAGCCUCCGCCUCAGAGGGACGCGGGGUUUCCUUACGGGGUCCCGGAGCGCUCACGCGCACUUGCUGGAUGUUGGGUCUCACUAACUAAGGCUGGCUGGCUGGCUGGACAGAAGGCUCCUUUCCUGCCAUUCUUCUCCGCCUCGCGGCGCUUCCUGCCCGCGGUCACCGCCGCAUUUAAUGGCUACAAACCCAGAGAUCCCCGCAAACGGACAGAUGGGUGUUUGGGGUUGCUGUAGCAACAUUCACAGGUGUUUAACCCCUCUAGUUGUGUCUAAAUAAGAGCCCAACAGGUGGCAUUGUGGAUGAAAAACUUCAUAAGGAUAGAGGAGAAGUGGAAGGAUGUUUUGCUCAUGUGUUAGAAAGCUAUCACUCCCACAGAUUGCUUGUGUUCAUUUUGAAAGGAUUAAGUGUGAAACGUCUCCUCUUAAGAUCAUGGAGAGGUUGGAAAAAGAGUUGACUCUCCGCUGUCUUUGACGCCACUCCUGUCUGUCCAAAAUUUGCACACAUUUCUUUGGUCCCUGAUGAGCCAACAAGAAAGACAGGAAAGGGAGCGAGGCGUCAUAAAGUACUCCUUUGUACUUUAUUUUCCAACCCCCGGUGUGCAAAGUCAGAUCCAGUCAAAACAUCUGCUGGAGGCUCCAUGGAGCCGCUGAAGAACAUAUUCAGUCGCAGCUCAUUGUCGAACUGGAAAAACUUGGAUCAGUCGCAAAAGGGGAACUUCACCAACCCUGUAUGGACGGCCUUGUUUGACUAUGAGGCGUCUUGUAAAGAUGAGCUCACCUUGCGCAAAGGUGACCUGGUGGAGGUGCUUUCUCUGGACUCUGAGAUUUCAGGGGACGAGGGCUGGUGGGCAGGUAAGGUCAACAACAAGGUGGGCAUCUUCCCAUCCAACUAUGGCUCCUUCAAGCCCAGUGGAUACGCCAAGCUCCCUAGUAGCGGUGUGGUUGGCGAGCUCGGCCAGGCCGUGGUGGCCCAGUUUGAACCUGCGGACGUGGAUUUCCGGGAGCUGAGCUUGCAGGAGGUGAUUGGGGUCGGGGGCUUUGGGAAAGUGUAUCGCGGUACAUGGAGGGGCGAGCUGGUGGCAGUGAAGGCGGCCCGUCAAGACCCCGACGAGGACAUCAGCGUGACGGCCCAGAAUGUGAUGCAGGAGGCGCGCCUGUUCGCCAUGCUCACCCACCCCAACAUCAUCACCCUGAAGGGGGUCUGCCUGCAGGAACCCAACCUGUGCCUCAUCAUGGAGUACGCCUCCGGUGGGCCGCUGAGCCGAGCGCUGGCCGGCCGCCGCAUCCCGCCCCAUGUCCUGGUCAACUGGGCUGUGCAGAUCGCUAGAGGGAUGCUGUACCUGCACAGCGGGGCCAUCGUCCCCGUCAUCCACCGGGACCUCAAGUCCAACAACAUACUCCUGGCUCAGCCCAUAGAGAAUGAAUGUAUGGAGGGUCUGACCCUGAAGAUCACCGACUUUGGCCUGGCCAGAGAGUGGCACAAGACCACCAAGAUGAGCACUGCUGGCACCUACGCCUGGAUGGCCCCUGAAGUCAUCAAGUCGUCCACGUUCUCCAAAGGCAGCGACGUCUGGAGCUAUGGCGUCCUGCUGUGGGAGCUGCUGACAGGAGAAGCGCCCUACAGAGGGAUCGACGGACUCGCUGUGGCCUACGGGGUUGCUGUGAACAAACUCACCCUGCCCAUCCCCUCCACCUGCCCCGAGCCCUUCGCACAGCUCAUGUCAGAAUGCUGGGACCAGGAUCCUCACCGAAGGCCCAACUUCAGCUCCAUCCUGACGCAGCUGACGGCGCUGGAGGAGCAGGUGAAGGAAGAGAUGCCGCAGGACUCCUUCCACUCCCUCCAGGAGGACUGGAAGCUGGAGAUUCAGGACAUGUUUGAUGAACUGCGGUCAAAGGAAAAGGAGCUGCGGUGCCGCGAGGAAGAGCUGAAGCGAGCCGCUCUGGAGCAGAAGUCCCACGAAGAGUUCCUGCGGCAGCGCGAGCAGGAGCUGGCGCAGUGGGAGCAGGACGUGUUCGAGCGCGAGCUCAGCCUCCUCAUCCUCCACAUGAACCAGAACCAGGAGAAGCCCAACGUCAAGAAGAGGAAGGGCACCUUCAAGAAGCACAAGCUGAAGAGCAAGAACGGCGAGAAGAUCAGCAUGCCUCAAGAUUUCAUCCAUAAAAUCACAGUGCAGGCCUCCCCAGGCCUGGAAAAGAGGAGGAACUCUCCGGAUUUGGGUUCGGGCUCCUCGCCUUCCUUCGGCCCACGUUUUCGCGCAAUCCAACUCAGUCCCAGCGAGAGCAGCCGGACGUUUGGCCUCAGCCCCGUCUGGCCUUUAGAGGCGCCCUCGCUCAAACAGGCCAACGGAGACCUCAGACUGAACACCCACUGGAGGCCCCAGAGCCCAAAGAGCCCCAAAAGUCCUAAAGUGCUCCGGCUGAGCCCGCAGGAGAGCAGCCUCUCCAUGAGAGCUAAGCUCCUGGAGUCAGACAGCAAUGACAAUGGAGACACCAUGGACGACUUUGAGGAGUACCGGUCCACUACGCCGACACCCUCCUUCGCUCAAAACGGCUCCUCCGUGAAGGACAGCCUGCGGCUCCCUCCCUCUCAGGGAGACUCGGGGAGUGAGGAAGGGGGUUAUUCCCCGGCUGGCUCCCCCAUGUCAGAGAGGAGCGCUCCGAGUGGCGUGGUAAAGAACACGCAUCGGGCUCUGCUCGUCUGCGGCUCUCUUCUGGCGUCUGUAGGAGUUGGCCGAUGCCUGGAUGUUCCCCCCAGGGUGCCCCCACGAACCAACCCGCCGUCGGAGGACCGCACACUCUCUGAACUUGACAUCUCCCACCCCAAGCCCCUAAUUUCCGAUCCCCCAGUUGUGGACGACCUCAUCACCUUCUCCACCUCCGAGCCCCUCCCCAGACCGCUGCCGGACUUAGCCCUGCAGUACCAAGAACUCAAGCCCUUGCCCUUGACGCCGCCUCCGCCAAACCCCCGCGAGAGGGCCGGUCCCCGGACACCGCGGACGCCGCACAGUCCACAGAGCUCCAUCCAGCAGGACAGGGCCAGCCCUGGAGAGUGGACCGCCAGUUCUGAUUCCAGCAACGGGGAGCUGAGCAGUGACGCCUGGGGGCACAGAGCUGACAGGAGGAGGAGGUCCAGCCAUGGUCUGCAUGCGUCUCAGCUAGAACUGGACUUGCCCUUGUGCCAAGACGCACAGGACUCGGAGGAGAAGUCUCUGGUGCCCUACUAUCUCCACCCCAGCCCCGCCCUGUGGAGUCCCAAAACCCGCCGCUUGGAGGUCAGCGUCAUACCCCGGCCUCGGCCGUCUCCCAUCCGGCCUCGCAUCGACCCCUGGAGCUUCAUCUCGGCAGGCGGCGGGCACGCGGCGGGCGCUCAAAGUCCCGUCCGCUUGGACAGCACCCUGAUGGGAUAUCAGCCGUCACCCACAAACCCCUUCACCAACUGUGACCCCUUCCCGUCCCCGGACUGCGACCCCUUUGCGCUCAAAGCAGACCCCGCAAGCAGCUCAGAAGUGGUGACCCCCUUUGACCCUUUCUCCACUCCCUUCCCCACCUCCCGCUCCGCCCCCUGCUCUGCCAACGGCUCCCCCACGCUGCCGUCGUUUCGCGUGGCCCCCAUCAACCCGGCAGACUCCGCCCUCAUCGACCUCAGCUGGACGGCCUGCGGCAGGCCUCUGGAUACGACCAAAGAGAGGGCUCACCCCCGCAGGACUCUGGGGCUGAAGCCCUUCAAGUCGCCCACUCAGCUCCCAGAUGACAGGUUCUGAAAACUGCCCCCCCCCAGAUCACUCAUCAGGGAUAUUGGGAACUGCAGCUUUUUAUUGACUGUGAGGAGCAGCCUGAGUUUAAACACACAGAGGCAGCCCGCUGGGGGGGCUGCCCUUGGGGGGGCACCAGCCUGGUUGGCACUGGAAAGCCAGGGGGAUUGUGGGACAGCUGCCCAUGAACUGAUAGCUGGUGCCCGUUUCCUCCUCUUUGAAGGAGCAGCGUCGGAUCACACAAGCCCCCUCCUCCUGUUCCAUUAGCCGCCACCCAUCAGCUGCUUUCACCCCCCCCCCCCCCCCCCACACACACACGCCUCUGAAGCAUCGUGACAAUGCAGAGGUGGAUGAGGCGGCUUGCACAGCUUCCCCCGCCUCUGCCUCUGCAGACUGAUGACAGAAAAGCCAGUGUCUCAUUUUGUGAAGUGUUUUCAAUAUCUGUCUCCUCAAGCUUCCUGGUUACGGCGCCCCCACAGGCGGCUCUGGGUUCUGCAGAUCAGUUUAGCGCGGCUGCGUCUUCUGGCUGUGCGUGUGAGCGUGCACGAUUGUCUAGACCCCUUGUCAUAAAGUUUUUUUUUUUCUUUUUUCUGUUGCAUUGUGGGAGAAGGGAGAGGUUAUUCCAGGCGGCUGGUGAAACUCAGGACUUAAACCGUGACCCAGGCAUUCCAUCCGCCAGCAGAUAACAUUCCAGUCACAUUCCCGGGGAAAUGCCAGGGGUCGGACAGACGGCGACGCAGCGCAGGAAACGGGCCGGGGAGCCCUCUGCUCCCCGCUCACGCGCCAAAGAAAGCCACUGUGAUCGUGUGAGAGCUGAGACAAAGGACGCUCACAAACCAGCGCUGUUUUACCUCCACGGAGGGCCAGGCCAAGAUUUGAACAGGCAAACUCUAAACUACGCUUUUUCUGGUCAUCGUUUUUUAAAAUAUUCCACUUUCUGUUCCGGGAAGUCCCAGGUUUUGGAGGUAUGAGGGCGUGAAGGAGCUCCCUCAUCUCUGCUUAGGUUCUCAGCUUUGUAGAACAGUUGAAUUGGCAAAGCACUCUGGGUAAUGGAUGCUGUUUUUGCAGCUGAUCAGAGAUCGUCUUGGCCUUUCCCAGAGCUCCGUCUCAUCCAGUCAGCCGUGGAUUUGCUUGAAUCUUAAUUAAAGCGCCACGAUGACCCCAGUAAUCCCGUCGGUGAACAGCGGAGGCCGAUGGCGACGAUGAGGCGGAGUCACAAAGCGUCCAGAUGUAAAUGAAUUAGUCCUGAAGGGCUCUCACGGCUCAUGUUCAGGGAUGAGAAACAGCUCUGCACCAACUAUCUGGUGUGCCGAGGUCCAAAUUUGGGGUUUUCUGUUUAGAAGCAGCCUGAAGGAGGCAGAGGAUAUUUGCACAUGUCGCUGAGUCGUGGAGAAAUUCAGUUCCGAGUCCGACCCAAACCCACAGAGGGCGAAAGCCGUCAGCCCCAGGACCACAGAGCCGCCGUCACUCCCCCCCCCCUGCAGCUCUGUGAGUUAUUGCGCCGUCUCCUCAUGUCAACACGGAGACACCAGAGCCACCGGCUGAUAGUCAUUCCACUCCACCGGCUCUUGUCGUCAGGAAAAAAAAGAGCCUGCGGUUACACCGCCGGCGCAUCGGGGAAGGUGGGCUGAUUGAAACCUUCAGCAGACGCUGAAGCAUCCUCUUCAUCCUGCCUUUCGCCGCCCGUCUGGGAUCCAAUUCAAACUUUGCUCAAACGCGCUGUUGAAAACUUUGCCGUCUUUCAUUUAUUAGAUGACAGAUUCAAAUAAUACUUGCCAAACCAGAAGUCUCCUGUGCUCCUCACAAACUAUCAGUCCUCCUGUGGUCGGGGAGUCGACCGUCUCUCCUUCGAGGCACUUUAUUUUCUCGAAAGUCUGCCAAAGGCGGGGGGCGUUUCUCUGACGAGCGUUCUGGUUUGAGAAGGCCGCCAGCUGUCCGCCCGUCCGCCUGAACUGACGGCCGCUUCUCCGAUGAAGAGGUCCUGAUGGGAGUUCUGAUCUGGCAGCGUCCAAACCAACCCGGCACAGUUUCAUCCAGUGCAGCCGCUCACUACGCACAGUCGACGUUUUACUGACAGAUUCCAAAACUCAUUCAGUGUGGAGUCAUGUUCACAUUUCUCCUCCAAAUCCACUGUUAUUUAGUCAAAGAAGGUUUAGAAUGAGGAAAUCACAGAAAAGCUGCCUUCUGCCUCAAAAGGGAAGAUCCAAACGGAGCUGGAUGAAGGUGGUUGAUUCCACCGCCGCGUCAAAGCAGCCACCGGGAAAAUGACAAAGAGGCGGCGGAGGCGACCAAAGUCAAUCAAAAAGUUAGUGAAGGGGAGCAAAUUUCGCCUUGUCGGGCCACUGAGGAAUCAAUCCCGCGCCGUGUGGUGGGCGGAGCUUUAUUCCCGCAGCUGUCACCCCGUUUAGCUCUGAUUGCUUCUGCUCCAUUAAGAGCCUGCUAGAGACACGUCUGGUUUCCAGUUAGCUGUUGAGGCCAGACGCUUGGUCUGCCCCGCAUGGAGCCCAAAGACCUGCACAGACCAGAACCAGCGACUAAAUCUGACCUUCCACUGACUCCGCAGGAAUCCGUGGACAAAAGCCAGGCUGGCGCACGCCGUGGCCGGCUCUGCUCGCUCUGCAACCGUGAAUAUUUUUCUCCAUUCUUUCGGCGCGCGUGCAUCCAAGGUCACCAUCUGCUGUCGGUCCGUUUUCUUCUGUCCACCCAGUCACAAGGAAAACUAAAUGAAUAGGAGAGGCGAUUGGAUUCCAGGGCCACAGCGGAGAGCCGGCGCUGUGUUUAGAAAAUAAACAUGGAUUUCUGGGAGGUUAUUAAGUCGGAGGCCCAAGUUUGCGUCCCUCCCUGCUGGAGACGGCACACUGCCGCCCCCUCCCUCCCUCCUUGCUUGGAUUAUUGUUCCGUCUGGCUAUUGACACUCCAAUUACCUGCUGAUCUUCCCGGAGCAGAGGCCGUUCAGUCUGUACGACUCUGUCUGGAGUGUCCGAUGAGUUUGCUGCAAAUCAAUUGCUUGAGUAAACCACUCUUGAGUCUCAAAUAUGGAGUUUGCAAAAUGAUUUUGUCGUCCUCCCCCUGCAUGGGAUUAAAAAUAUAUUUUUUUUAUUAAAAAGGCGUCUCUUAAUCUGUCCACACGCGGCCUCACUGUUUUAAAGCUGUUUCAGUAAAGGCCUACAUCGUGUGGGAGUUCACUGAAUGACGUGAGGACAGAUUGAAGCCAGUAAGGACUCUCCCACCAAAGCCUUUGCAGUUCUCUUGUCUGCCAGAAGAGGGCGCCUCACAAAACCAGAAGAAGUGACUAAAAAGGUGUUGUUGUUGUUUUUUUACUGCAUCCGCGCGGUAGUUUGACCCCCGCCUGCCACCAUCCUGCAAUCACUGCACCUCUGGAAGUGUCGGGGUCAAACUGAAAAGGCAAAAAGGUUUUUAUUUCGGCUGAGCGUCAGAUCCAGAGGAGCCGAUUUGAUCAAAGCUGGAGAGCGUUUGGCCGUAGGUGGUCUCUUCUCCGGCAGCUGAUUGGUUGCUACAAAUCCCCACAAGUCCCUUCUGUUGUGAUGUCCUGCUCUCACUUUUACAGCACUGUGACCCCCCCCCCCCCCCACACACAGCUUUAGUCUUCUUAAACACUGGAUUCAGCCGAUCAGGAGAAGGUCUCCGUUCGGACGCUAGACGGAUGGGUUUGCUUGAGAGCCUUUCACUGGAGUAUUUAAGUCGCCCUGUUGCCUCGCCGUUCACUUAACGCCCCCCCGCUUUGACCGAAUCUGUGCUGCAGUUUCAUCUCUGCAGUGAAAAAAAGUUCAGAGCUCUGUUGCUAAAGCGCCGCCUGAUGUUCCCAACGGCACCUGAACUGAACUUUCAAAAAAGGUGUUUGUAAUGUAAAGGAGCCAAGCGUGCCCCCCCCCCAACCUGUGCGGGGGUUCAUGCUCCUGCUGGAAGUGAUUUGGUUUCUCUUAUUCCAUCUGCGUGGACGCCGUCAUUUGCCGCCAGCGGCUGCUCCCCUCCCCCUCCCAAAGGCGAGUUUGUGGCUCCGCUUCCAGAAAUUCCAUUAUUGUUGCGUUUCUGUGAAAUCUCGCACUGGGGCUGGGCCUAAUCAACAGUUUUGACUGUACAUUGAGAGUAUUAUUUCUGUAUACAGUAUGUGAACAUUGUGUGUCUGUGUGUGUUUUUCUCUCUCUUGACUUUUAUGAUGGGUUUUAACCUGUGGAAAAUCAAACAAACAAAAAAAGGAAGAAGCUCACAAAGAAAAGACCAAAUAAAACGUAACACUCCUCCA